UAAAUAAUAUUUAUAUUAAUCAAUAUAUUUUCUCCUUUGUAUAAAUAUCACACCUCCUACUCCUACCUAUAUUGCUACUCCUUUUUUUCUCUCACAUUCUCUCUCUUCUGAAAAAAAAAAAUCUUCUCAAAUCUGUUGUGACCCAAAUCCGAAACGAUCAGAAUCAAGAAAGAAGAAAAGAAUGAGUUAUCAACAACCUCCAGUUGGUGUUCCUCCGCCUCAAGGUUAUCCACCGGAAGGAUAUCCUAAAGAUGCUUAUCCACCACAGGGAUAUCCUCCUCAAGGAUAUCCUCAACAAGGUUAUCCUCCACAAGGAUAUCCUCAACAGGGUUACCCUCCACCUUACGCUCCUCAGUACGCUCAGCCUCCCCCACAACAACAAAAACAAAGCGGCGGCUUCAUGGAAGGCUGCUUGGCUGCUCUAUGUUGUUGCUGUCUCUUGGAUGCCUGCUUUUGAUUCGGAAGGAAUGCCCAUCAUUCUGAUUUGAAAUCUGAGAUUGAAUCUCAAGUCGUACAAAAAAAUUCUAUUGGCAUUAUUGGUUGUCAAAAAACAAAAACAAAAAAUGUUCCAUCUGUCUCGAGUUUCAUGAGUUGCAUCUUUAUUUGUCUAGUUCUCUAUUCUCUUUUGUUUACUUUGUCGAUUGUUUAAAUUGUUAAAAGUAUCAUGUCACAUGAAAUGAACCUUCUUUGCUUCCAAUGACAUAUCCUUUUGUUUACUUA